AUGGCGUCCACAGGCACCGAUGAGAAGCGCGGCACUUCUUUUAACAACGAGCAGCGCAUCGAGAACCUCAAUGCAGAGAAGAUCUCAACUUCUUCAGGCGAGCUGGAAGCGCAGCAUGUCGAGCUAGACGAAGCGGAAGCGAACCGCGUACUGCGCAAGGUUGAUUAUCGACUUGUACCUAUGCUUGCUCUGCUAUACCUCGUCGCUUUCAUUGAUCGCUCGAACAUUGGCAACGCCAAAAUCGCCGGUAUGGACGUCGACCUCAAUCUACGCGGUCUUCAAUACAACACCGCCGUAACCCUCUUCUUCAUACCCUACACACUCCUCGAAGUUCCCUCGAACAUCGUGCUCAAGAUGGUGAGGCCCUCGCACUGGAUGGCAAUUCUUAUGUUCUCGUGGGGUUUGGUGAUGACGCUCAUGGGUCUCGUAAACAGCUACGGAGGGCUCCUAGCAGGCCGCUUCUUCCUUGGUGUCACAGAAUCCGGAUUUUUCCCCGCAGCAACGUUUCUGCUUACACUGUGGUACCGGCGCUUCGAAUUGCAGCGACGCAUGGCUGUAUUCUAUGUCGCUGCAUCACUGGCAGGUGCCUUCUCUGGCCUUCUCGCCUUCGGCAUCGAGAAAUUGGACGGGAGGUCCGGGAUUGCUGGAUGGCAAUGGAUUUUCUUGAUCGAGGGCUUGAUUCCAGUUGCCCUUGCUCUGGUCAUCUGGAAGAUCCUGCCAGACAGCCCCGAGACAGCUGGGUUCCUUACGCAGCCGGAGAGAGAUCUGCUGGUUCGCCGACUGCAGGACGACUCCAGCAGUGGGCAGGGCAAGGCUACGAACAACGAUAAGAUGGGAAAACAGCACAUCAUUGCUGGUCUCUCAGACUGGAAAGUCUGGGCAGGUGUUGUUAUCUUCUGGGGUAACACUGUAGGUGUCUAUGGUUUCACUGCGACAGUUCCAACCGUGAUCAACGGCCUCGGUUAUUCCAGCGCAAAUGCCCAACUUCUUACGAUUCCCAUUUACGUCUUUGCCGCCAUUAUCACCAUUAUCUGGGCUUGGGGCUCUGAUCUCACCCAGAUACGCUCAUCCUGGAUCAUCGGUGGCUACUGCAUUGCCAUUAUAGGCUUCAUUGCUCAACUCGCUAUCCCGCAUCCUAAAUACCCUGGUGUAACUUACGGUUUCCUCUUCCCAGUCGCAGCUGGCCUGUAUUGCCCUUUCACUUGCCUGGUUUCGUGGGUCGCAAACUCACUGGCACCCAGCUCGAAGCGCGCUGUUGGUAUGGCGCUACUCAUUUCCGUGGGCAAUAUGGGUGGCAUCAUGGGUAGUAACAUCUAUCUUGCGAGGGAGAAGCCGAAGUACACGACGGGGUUUGCGGCCAGUCUAGCAAUGUGUAUUGCGGCUGUUGCUAUGACCUUUGUUUUACGCUGGGCGUACGGCAAGGAGAACAAGAAGAGAGAUCAGCUGAUCCAAGAACACGGCGAGGAGGCAAUUAGGGCAAGGUACUCGGAUGAGGAUCUGUUGAUGUUGGGAGACAAGAGCCCAUUCUUCAGGUACACAUUGUAAGC